UUAUUAUUCAAGCUUCACGUGCGGGUCGCCAUUUUUACGUGCGUCCGGAUCCCGGUUCCGCUCGUUUCUCUCCAAAAACCGCUUUUAACGCCGAGUAAUAACGGAUAUCACCGGCAGACGACCCUCGAACCUCAAUCGCCUUCGUCGCAAAGAAGACAAAGACAGAUAACCAGGGCGUCUUCGUCGUCAUGAAUCCCGAAUAUGAUUACCUGUUCAAGCUCCUCCUGAUCGGAGACUCUGGCGUGGGGAAGUCCUGUCUUCUGCUGCGUUUCGCUGACGACACGUACACGGAGAGCUACAUCAGCACGAUCGGAGUGGACUUCAAAAUAAGGACGAUAGAGCUCGACGGAAAGACCAUCAAGCUGCAGAUCUGGGACACGGCCGGUCAGGAGCGCUUCCGCACCAUCACGUCCAGCUACUACAGAGGAGCUCACGGGAUCAUCGUUGUUUACGACGUCACGGAUCAGGAGUCCUUCAACAACGUCAAGCAGUGGCUUCAGGAGAUCGAUCGCUACGCCAGUGAAAACGUCAACAAGCUCCUGGUGGGAAACAAGUGUGAUCUGACCACUAAGAAAGUUGUGGAUUACACGACGGCGAAGGAGUUUGCGGACUCUCUGGGCAUCCCGUUCCUGGAGACGAGCGCGAAGAGCUCCACUAAUGUGGAACAGGCCUUCAUGACCAUGGCAGCAGAGAUCAAGAGGAGGAUGGGCCCCGGGGCCACCGCGGGGGGCCCCGAGAAAUCCAACGUCAAGAUUCAGAGCACGCCGGUCAAGACGUCCUCCGGAGGAUGCUGCUGAGGAGCCAGCGACAGUAACCUUACCAACCAUACGCCACAGCUGAGUUAGCAGGAAGAGUGUGUGUGUGUGUGUGUGUGUGUGUGUGUGUGUGAGAGAGAGAGAGAGAGAGAGAGAGUGUGUGUGUGUGUGUGUGUGCAAUAAAGACUGUGAAUAUUAAAGAUAAGGAGAGUAAGAGAGGAUCAAAUUAAACAUUGCCUGGUAUUGAAUCAUGCAUGCACAUGGAUGCAUGAGCAGACAAACACGUCUGCCGCCGGCUUCUCGGCUCAAAUUCCGUGCGCUUCUUAGACAAGCAUCCAAAAGCACUUCCUGAGGAGCGCCACCAGGUUUGGCUUUGAACUUCCUCUUCGGAACUCUGAAGGAAGCGGUGGACGGUGAUGUCACAACUGACCUCGGAACAGCGGGUUCCGUUACCAUUCCUUAACCCGGCGGGGUUGCUACGGCGACCUCUCCUUCAACCGCUGCCUUCUCUCUCGUUCGGUGGACCGUUCGCCCAUUAAUUCUGUUGUUUUUUGUGGGGUUUUGUCUGUUUUUUUCAGCAUUUCAGUGACCAACGGCACACUUCCAAUGAGCUAGUCCUGUUUCUGACCCGUGCCACCUUUCUGACAGCAUUAUCAUCCCGUGGCCUUUUUUUGUAAAUCGAGAAACAGGUUCACACAGCUCUAUGAGUUUCUAUCAGAAUGUGGGUUAUUGUGUAUAUUUAGUUGCCGGUAGCCAUUCACUUCCAUAGCAAGGAAACAAAUAGAGUGAAAGUCAAUGGCUGCUGGCAAAUGUUUAAAAAAUAUGAACCCGAAAGAAGCUCAAACAGGCUUCAUACAGCAUACGGGGAGUAAAUGAUGAACUGCUCCGUUAAAAGUCAAUAUUAUCCAUUAGUUAUUAUUGCUCUUAAUUAGUUUUGAUGCUUAUACAUCAUGUAUAUUAUAUGGAAGCUUGCUUUUGUAUCCAUGGGAUAAAAAAGCUCAAAAUUGCUAAUUGCAGCUUUUUACUUCACAAUUCAGAUGUUUUUGGGGGGUUUUUUGCUCUGCCUUUUUAUUGCAAUUAUGAGAAAAUGUAAAAAAUUUCAUAAUUUCAAUAUAUAAACUCACAGUUGUGUA